CGAGACAGCAUCGGCGCAUCCUGGCGUGCUUGAUUCAAACAACGCGCCUGCACGUUGGGGCACGGAAGAAUUGAGAAACGAACUGCACGGUGACGCACGCGACUUGAGGAUACUUCGGCGUCGUUUGUACGAGACGCGUAAAGCGCGGUGAGGUCGUACUUCGGUGAACAUGGCCAAGCAUUUCGUGACGUUAUUGUGGGUGUCGGCGGCAUUGACCGCGACCCUGGCAUUGCCGACCAGCGACAAGGCCAGCGGAAGUGAGAACGAUCUGGUGGCGAGCAUAUACACCGACUGCUUGAAAAAGGAAUCCAUCAGCUGCAUCAAGUAUAAAGUAUUCACGUUUGUCGACAAGAUGCUGGCCGACAAAGAAGACAUCACACUGUCCGAGGGCAUCACCGUCGUAAAAACGUCCAACGCCGAGGGCGAGGGUGCUCCAAGAUCUAUCGAAUCCAACGAUUUGGAUACACUAUUAUUUGAUCGUCUUGGAAGAUUCCUGAAGACGCAUUCAGUCAAAGUUGACUUGAAGGGCAGCGAUAUUUUGGGAGCGAUUGAAUCUGCCGGACGCAGUUUCGAGGAUUUUAGCGACAAUGCUGUCGAGAGCCGUGGAAAAAAGAAGAAGGCGCAGAAGAUCUUAGGACCCCUGAUGAUGGCCAUGGCCCUGAAAGCGGCCGCCUUAUUGCCGCUGGCACUCGGCGCGAUUGCCAUGAUUGCUGGCAAGGCUCUGCUCGUGGGCAAGAUCGCUCUCGUGAUCUCGGCCAUCAUCGGACUGAAAAAGCUUCUCGGUUCUCACCAGAAGCACGUGACCUACGAAGUAGUUUCGCAUCCGCAUCACAGCAGCAGCCACGUUAGCCAUGACGACCACAGCGGUUACGGCGGCGGCGGCGGCGGCGGCGGCGGCGGUGACUUCGGCGGUGGUUACGGCAGCAGUGGACACGGAUGGGCCAGGAGUCUGCCACAAGAUGCUCAUGAGAUUGCCUAUCGUGCCCACCAACCCCAACCACAAGCUUAAGCGUACCAUAGAAAGUUUUCGUCCCGCCUCUUGCUUCUCUUCCAUUUUCUUCUGACGAUUCUCUUCCCUUUCAUUACACUCACGCCUGCUUCACUCGCCGCAUUCCUCGUUAUGUCUUUCCUUUUUCCUUUCUUACCUAAGCUAUUGCUAUGUAUAAUACCUAGUCUAUCUUCUACUCCACGAAAAUAUGCCACUACCUAUAGCUUCCGAUGUUCGCUAUUUUCAAUUUAAAACUUUUUCUACCUAUCCUUUUUUUAUGCUUGACAUGAUCUCUUAUAUUCUGAUUCUUUUCUCUUUCCUAUCUUUCUAUUUUUUUUUUUUACUUUAUCCUAAAUAACGGUCGAUUUAUCCCACGGCCAGUCACCAGUACCUCUGGGAGAUGCUCAUUGUUUUAUAUACGUAGAUUUACGUGAUUACGUGAUUACGUGAUACGUAGAUUACGUUUCGUUAUUUAUUCGUUGUAUCUUAUAUAAUUAAUAUUUAUUUGAUGUUUGACUGCGUGCUUCCAUAUGACACUUCCUGUUUUUUGUAAUAAAAAGAAACGACAAAUGAGAUGCUUCCAUCUUGUCCCGAAAAA